CAAUCUUGGAGACCCCACCCUUUGUGUUUCCCGCACCGUCAAUCAAAAUAGAAACAAUUGACUAGAAUCACCGAUUGCAGCCAGCCUUCGAUUACUGUAAUCAUGUUUCGCUUGUGGUAAUACAGAGAUUCUGCGAAAUAAAAUAAUUCACGCAAUGACUGCUUAGCCAACAGUGAACGUUAGCCUGCAUGCUAGCCACAACUACAACAUACGUAGCUAGCUAAGGCUUCAGACAGUUUGAUCAACUCCACACCGCAGCUGUAAUGGAGCCCCAGAACAGCCAGUGAAACAAGAGGAAAUGGCUGCCUUGGACGUGGACAGCAGUCAAAGCGAGUUUCUGCAGCAAGACUGUGGCACAGGAGAUCAGGACACUCAGUCGUCAUCGCUCGCUCUGCUGGCAGCUACCUGCAGCAAGAUCGAGUCGGCAUCAUCAGAUGGGGGUAACGGUGCUGCCGCUGCAGUGACGACAGACCUAACAUCCAUCCAGUUAACAGGGAACCCAGAUAGAUGGGAGGUUUUGACCCCCACAACAACACGGAAGGAGGAACCUGGCGCGGUCCAUAUCCAGAGUCGGGGGAUCGUGACAUCAAACGGACAGUAUGUUCUUCCUCUCCAGAACCUUCAGAGCCAACCGAUCUUUGUGACAUCAGGAAGCGACACCUCCGCCAACACAGUGCCUAACAUUCAGUACAUUCAGACAGCUGAUGGACAGCAACUGAGCUUCUCCACCUCCAGUGAGGACGGGGCCACUCUGAGCCAAGAUGCCACAGGGCAGAUCCAGAUCUUGCCUGACGGAACUCAGACUAUAAGUGUGACUGGGGCCGGAGACAUCCUUACUAAUAACCAGAACCUCAUAUCACAGACUGGUCAUGUCCAGCAGAUCCAGGGUGUUUCUAUCGGCAGCUCCACCUUUAACAACCAGGGUCAGGUUGUCACUAAUGUGCCUAUGGGGUUGCCAGGGAACAUCACCUUUGUCCCCAUUAGCAGUGUGGACCUGGACUCCCUGGGCCUCUCUGGUGCUCAGACUAUAGCAACAGGGGUCACUUCUGAUGGCCAGCUCAUCAUGACCAGUCAGCCUGUGGACAGCUCUGAGAGUUUGGAGAAGACAGGUGACCAGCACUCGCAAACACUGUCUGUAAAUGACUCGAAUGCUAAUGCAGACAUGUAUGUGCCAACGUCCUCCGCCCAGCUGCCUGAGGCCAUGGAUGAGACGGGUGUCCUAACCCAAGCCCCAGAGCAGACAGACCCCUCUGGUCUCCAGGGCUACAUUCAGCAGAACCAGGUCCAGAACAUCCAGGUGUCCUCAGGCCAGUCCAUCAUCCAGCUGCAACAGGUGCCAGUCCAGACCAGUGAUGGUCAGCUGGUGCAGGCAGCAGGGGGACAGACCAUGCAGAACGUUCAGCUCAUCAACCCAGGGACCUUCAUCAUCCAGGCCCAGACCGUCACGGCCUCAGGGCAGAUCCAGUGGCAGACCUUUCAGGUGCAGGGGGUCCAGAACCUCCAGAACCUCCAGCUGACCACCAACCCAGCCCAGCAGAUCACACUGGCCCCAUUGCAAACCCUGUCUCUGGGCCAGGGAGAAGCGCAACAGAUCCCCAACCUGCAGACUGUGACUGUCAACUCUUUGGUCCAGGCAGGCAUUCAGUACCAGCAGGCAGAGGACACCAACAGCCCUGGAGACGUCCAGAUAAAGGAGGAGCCGGACUCCGAGGACUGGCAGCUGGGCAGUGACUCCACUCUGAACACCAGUGACCUUUCCCACCUGCGGGUCAGGCUAGAGGACGAGGAGGACCAACUCGGCGAGGGGGGCAAGCGGCUACGCAGGGUGGCCUGCACCUGCCCCAAUUGCAAAGAGGCUGGGGGGAGAGGAUCCAACAUGGGGAAGAAGAAGCAACACAUCUGUCACAUUCCGGGCUGUGGGAAGGUGUACGGGAAGACAUCCCACCUGCGAGCGCACCUGCGCUGGCACUCAGGGGAGCGGCCCUUCGUCUGCAGCUGGAUGUACUGUGGGAAGAGGUUCACACGCAGCGACGAACUGCAGAGACACAGAAGGACACAUACAGGGGAGAAGAAGUUUGUCUGCCCGGAAUGUUCCAAGCGCUUCAUGCGGAGCGACCACCUGGCCAAGCACAUUAAAACUCACCAGAACAAGAAAGGAGUCAUGAACUCUGUGAGCAACGCGGUGGUGGGCUCCAUGGAGUCCGCGGGCUCGUCAGACAGCAUCAUCACGGCGGGCGGCACCACCCUCAUCCUCACCAACAUUCAGCAGGGCUCCGGUAACUCCCAGGACAUCCUGGCCAAUGCUGAAAUCCCACUACAACUGGUCACUAUAGCAGCCGGAGAAGUCCUAGAGAUGGCCGAGUCACAGUGACACUCACUUGCUCAUCACUCAUUUUCCCUGCUUAUAUAUAUAUAUAUUAGUACCAGUCAAAAGUUUUUUACACACCUACUCAUUCCAGGGUUUUUCUUUAUUUUUACUAUUUUCUACAUUGUGGAAUAAUAGUGAAGACAUCAAAACUAUGAAAUAACACAUGGAAUCAUGUAGUAACCAAGAAAGUAUAAAACAAAACAAAUAUAUAUUUUAUAUUUGAGAUUCAUCGGAGUAGCCACCCUUUGCCUUGAUGACAGCUUUGCAUUCUCUCAACCAGCUUCAUGGGGUAGUCACCUGGAAUGCAUUUCAAUUAACAGGUGUGCGCUGUUAAGUUUAUUUGUGGAAUUUCUUUCCUUAAUACAUUUGAGCCAAUCAGUUGUGUUGUGACAAGGUAGGGUUGGUAUACAGAAGAUAGCCCUAUUUGGUAAAAGACCAAGUCAAUAUUAUGGCAAGAACAGCUCAAAUAAACAAAGAGAAAUGACACUAGGUCAUCAUCAUUACUUUAAGACAUGAAGGUCAGUCAAUGCGGAACAUUUCAAGAACUUUGCACGUUUUUUAAGCGCAGUCUCAAAAACUAUGCUUCACAGAGUUCAAGUAACAGACACAUCUCAGCACAACUGUUCAGAGGAGACUGUGAAUCAGGCCUUCAUGGUCGAAUUGCUGCAAAGAAACCACUGCUAAAGGACACCAAUAAGAAGAAGAGACCUGCUUGGGCCAGGAAACACGAUCAAUGGACAUUAGACCGGUGGAAAUCUGUCCUUUGGUCUGAUGAGUCCAAAUUGGAGAUUUUUGUUUCCAACCGCCAUGUCUUUGUGAGACUCAGAGGAGGUGAACAGAUGAUCUCUGGAUGUGUGGUUCCCACCGUGAAGAAUGGAGGAGAUGGUGUGAAGGUGUGGGGGUGCUUUGCUGGUGACACUGAUUUAUUUAGAAUUCAAGGCACACUUAACCAGCAUGGCUACCACAGCAUUCUGCAGCGAUAUGCCAUCCUUUUUGGUUUGAGCUUAGUGGGACUAUCAUUUGUUUUUCAACAGGACAAUGACCCAACACACCUCCAGUCUGUGGAGUGUGAUGGAGUGAUGGAGCGCUGCAUCAGAUGACCUGGCCUCCACAAUCACCCGACCUCAACCCAAUUGAGACGGUUUGGGAUGAGUUGGACUGCAGAGUGAGGGAAAAGCAGCCAACAAGUGCUCGGUGUAUGUGGGAACUCCUUCAAGACUGUUGGAAAAGCAUUCCUCAUGAAGCUGAUUGAGAGAAUGCCAAGAGUGUGCAAUGCUGUCAUCAAGGCAAAGGGUGGAUCUUUGAAGAAUCUAUAUUUUGAAUCAACACUUUUUGCAUACUACAUGAUUUAAUGUGUUAUUUCAUAGUUGUGAUAUCUUCACUAUAUUACUAAAUAGUAAAAUAAAGAAAAACCCUUGAAUGUGUAGGUGUGUCCAAACUUUUGACUCUAUAUAUAUAUAUAUAUAUAUAUAUAUAUAUAUAUAUAUAUAUUAGACUAGUAGUCGGUUGCAAAGAAAAGCGUUAAAUGUGGUUCCAAUACAUACGCACUGAAAUGCCUUAUUUUCUAUCAUAUUGUGGAGUUGAAAAAGGGGAACGGCGCAUAGUUUUUAAGCUACUGUCGAUUGUUUAAAGGUUUGAGUUAAAUGUGUGUUUAAAAAAUGGUAUAGAAAUUAAGCGAUUGGUUAUUGCCAGCCUGAAACCCUUGUUACGUUUUUUUAAUGACAGCCAUGGUUAGGUCUGUGUCAAAAUCCUUUAAAAAAAAACAUUAGUACGGUCUUCCUGAUUUAUGUUUGUGUCAUAUUUGUGCUUGCCUAAAACCAUCAGCAAGCUUUACCCACAUCCUGCUCAGUUGCAUCCUGAAUAAUAUUGCAGGUGGCAAAAAGAAAACAACCGCAUAUUUAAAAUGUUGUAUAAUAAUUCCUAUUGAACUUCUACAAUUGAUCGGAUGUUGUAAUAUGCAUUUCUUGCAAAUCAAGUAUUUUUAAUGAACAGCUAUAUCAUCGUAAACUGGUUUUAUGGUAUCUCAAACUCCAAGCUCUUUAAAUGGCUUUUUAAAUGUGUAUAGUGUAAUAUUCAGAUGUGUUUAUUUUGUAAAAACGUGAUUUCUAAAUGACUCACAAUUUAGAAAGUCGAGUCAUUUUUAGAAAGAAAAAAAGAAGAAGCCAUGCUAAGGGGUUGAAUUGCCAAAUUUGACUUUAAUCUCAGGGUGACUUGGUCAUGCACGGUAGAACAAUCCUCCCCUGUAGCCCCUAGAGAUGUUGUGGGGUGUUGUGUAGAGAGGUGUUAUUCCAUGGACCAAAAGCAUAGUUGAAUUAUGCUGUCACCGUGUUACCUAUGCUCUAUAAACUGUAUGUCAGGGUCCUUAGAUGACAACCCCACCCCCUCACCCUUUAUGAAAUAGUUGGGUGAAGAGAUGCGCUCUGUGUCUGCGCCUCGCUCAAUCAGCCCUCUAAGACAGAAGUGAAGUGGAAUCGCACGAGGCAGUACUCUCUUAAUAGCACUCUUCUCUUCAUCUGUAGUUUGAUCAUUCUCUUUUUGUAUAAACGUAUUUGUAUACUGCCCAUGUUGGUUAUCCUCGUUUAUCUCUUGUCAGUAAAUGUUUCUGUCUCUGUCUUAUUUCUUUUAAUCGGAGUGUUAUUUUGACUCCCUUUUCUGUAGUAAUAUAUCUAUGUUAUUAUUCAGAUUAUGAAAUGUAAGAUUGAAGAAAGUGAAUUUGUGUGCAUUGUAUCUGCUGUUGUAGUGACUGGUUCUGGGAAGUUGUCUUCAACUCAGAAGGCCCCCCCCAGUGGCUUUAAGUCCACCAUGAUAUCAUUGAAACGUAUUAUACCCUGUGUGGUCAUUAACAAAACACUAUAUUAUACCUCACAGAUUCACAUUUAGAAGUGAACAUGUCAUUUUUACAAUCUCAAAAAGUUUCAAUUCAGAUUCAUUAUAAACAUUUUUGUAACGUGGUAUUCAUUUCAUUGAUUUGAUUCUGUUUUGCGGGAAACAAUUGUACAAUGUCCACUUUUUGAGGGCAUCUUGUUAUUUCAUACAAAAAUGACUAAACAUUACCUGGUA